CGGUGUGUUUAUCAUGAGGACGUGUGUGUUCAUCCUGCUGCUCCUCGGCAUCCUGCAGUUAAGUGAGGCUCGGCUGUGUUACAACUGCACUGGCGAUUGCGUGACUGACAGCGAGUGCAAAGGAUCGUGUACCACAUCUGUGCCUGAACUAGGCGACGGCCACGAGAUCCGCAGCUGCCAGAACGAGACCGUGGAGGCGCGUUGCAUCUCCGAGAUCAUCUUCGACAAGCGAUACAAGACCUGCUACUGCAACACCGAGCGCUGCAACUCCUCGUCCGUCGCCUCCGUCAGCGCCUUCCUCUUCGCGUUGGUGGCUCUCCUUCUGCGGGAACUGAGGUAGAAAGAGCGAGAGACGCCACCCGGCUGGGGCGAGCGUGGUCCAGCCCGAGAGGAGAGUGAAACCUGUUCCAAAUUCAGCUUCGAACGACUGGGUGUGACUUCUUCAGGUCGACUAGUCCCCAAAGCCCAUGACUCGACGGUCCUUCAACAUGCUCGUUCCUUGCAUGGUAUCUGCGUGAAGCUGAAAGAGAGUCCGCGCGUUUUGUGUUGUUUUCGCUUCGGGAAUCGUCGAGAUCCGCUCACGAAACUGAAUCUGUGUUUUACGAGGUAUAAACCCAUUAUUCUUUGACGAAGUUCACUGCUUAUUUUCCAAUGUUGUGAUUAUUAUUUUCAAUAGUAAUACCAUCAUAAUUGGAUGAUUUGUUAUGCAAAUAUUAGCCAAUAGAUGGAAAUUAUCUCUGCAACGAAAAAUUCACCUUAAAUUAUUCGAAGGGAGUUACCUCCUCCAUGUAGGUACGAAGAAUUAUCUUACUAAUUUAGGUAACUUCUUUGAGUCUGUUUCAGCUCUUUGACGACGUAAACAAAACAAUAAAAAAUGCGAAGGUAAAAUGCAAAACACAAGUCACAACCAGCCAUUAUGGACCUGAGAUAAACAGAAACUUCGCAAAGAUCGUUCCUAGGACCAACCAGGGCGUCCGAGUUAUCAAUAUGACAUUUCCGCAGACCAGCCUGUCAGAUCUGUCCUUACCCUCGCAAGCUGAGGUCACACCAGAAGGACCGCAGAUAGAGGUAAUACGUAACCGCUUAGGCCAUAAAUAACUGUCUUGACAUCCCUGUGGGUUUCGACAUCAAGUAUUUACUUCUACCUGAAUCUCAGUGAGUCUAAAACACAAUUAUAUAUACUAUUUUUUUGCCUUUGCGCCACUCAGAAUCUAAAGCACACAGAUCUUUGGCCGUACUACCCCAGGCAUACUCGUUUGUUACUUUGGCUUGUUCCCUUGACUUCAUGAAAGCCUUUCAUUGCGCAAAUAUCAGAGCUUGAUAUUAAGGUCACUAUUUAUCGUUCAAUAUUCUCUCUCCCAGUGCUUCUUUAUACAUGCCAAACCGUGACGUAAAACUGUGCUAUCCACGCAGGUCCUCAGUGGAUAGAUUCUAGUGCCUUUCUUCCCUUUUCUGGAGUUGAGGUUAGAGAUACUUUGCUUUCCACACGUUUUUUUGUUUAUUUGUUUAUUUACUGAUGCAACAAAGGGCCGUUUGAUGGCGUUUAACUACGGACUAAAAGGAAGCGGAUCACAGAAGAUAUGACGUCAUACCCGCUCGAACAGAAAUCAUUUUCUGUCGCUGCAAAAUGUGAACGGUAACAUUACAUAUCCUCCUAUAGAAAAAUGAGUCACUUAUUAAUCAGAUUUUUUGUUUACCACAGUAUAUUUACGACACUACAUUUCUGAGAAUAAUUUUUUUACGAAAUGUCUAUAUAUUUCCAACAUUUAUUGAAAUGCUAUUUUAGUUAUUUUCGUCGGACAUUGUAAGGCUUAUAUUUCACAUAAAGUAUGUCCUCAAGUUCCAUAUAUUUGCAGAACAUAAUUUCUAUAUAUUUUUCUGAUGCUUUCAGGUGCAGUCGAUAAUAGAGUGCAAAAUAGCUAAAAUAAAUAUCCUAAAGCUGUAUCAAAACAAGGUGGAUUCAAUAUAUGCUCUUCACCGUCUGAUCAAGAACCAGUCCUUUUCUGGCUCGUAAAUGACAGCUUUUUUCUUUAUCUCUUCUUUUUCUCUAGAAACAAAAAAAAAAAAAAUGUUGAGACGCAGAAUAUCAAAUGAACAUUUUAUAGAGUAGCAGCAUCUAUUAACGUCAUGUAAUUAAAGCAAAAUGAGUGAAACAGACAGAGGUUUCGAUAACUUAUACAAGGUAUAUAAACAUCAAAAUUUCACUAGCAGCAUAGCACUAUUUCCCCCCAUAGUGAGCGGCUUUAAAUAUCUUCGCACAGUGCUUGUCAAUCCUAAAGUAGGUUAGAAAGUUAUGAGCAUAUGCGUAAUGUAUUUUUUCCUUUUUUUUUUUUUUUAGAAUAGCAAAAAGGACGAAUGAAAACAAAUGAAGUUCAUGCAUUUUAUAAGAUACUUUUUUAUCGUAUUUUAUAUAUAUUUACAUAUACGUACAGUAUAGCCAGCACACCACAGGUAUGUCUGCCAUUAGAGUCACCAUUGUUUAUGCAGAAGAAAAUAUUGCUGGAUGAAGGAAAUAUUUUUUGAGAAAUAGACGUAAAUAUAUCACGUGAUUUCAGACUCAAUUGUGAAUGUGUGGAUAGCAAGGUGUUUCGCAGGAAAGGGCAAAAUAUAACUUCGCAGAUUUAAUCAUACAACAGCGUAUGCUUAAUCGCCUAUCACUCUAAUUUUUGGAUCUCGUGUACACUUUUCUCUAAUUCCAUUAUGGACAUCGGGAGAAAAUAGAAGAAAUGCCGUCAGUCUUGUUGAAUACACGUGUAUCAUUUGGAUAUCAUCACCACGACACGCAAUGCAGUGCUUACCCGAGAAGUGAUAUAUACCGACGGCCCUUUCGUGACCUCGUUCUAACGGUGCCCCCAAUAACUAAUGAACGACCUGUUACAACGCAAGAGAAUCACCUUGCUAGGUGCGAAAUGACAUACUUCUACUCACUCUCGUCUGUAGCUCCUUGGGAAGCAUGGAGAGGCCUGUUUCCUGUGGCAAAUGUAGACAAAAAGGUAUGAAACAAGUGAAUGAUUCAAUGAUGCAACAGACGUAAUUUGUGUUGAUGUUAUUAGUCUUUAACAGAAUUAUACGUCAAUCAUAAGACACAGUGAAAUUAUUCAGUUUCAUUCACAACUAUGCUCUACAUAGGCCUACCUUUUACCAGGCUUAUCCUCCGUGGUCAGUUCUUACUACGGUCAAUUCUUACUCUUCUGUCUGAGUAAGUGAACCUCUUACAGUGAGUCCCUAGAUAGGAAUUCCUCAGUAUAUAUGUGUGCUCUGCCUCUCCCUUUAGAAUCUCGAACUCACUUCAGAAAUGACUUGUUCAAGCAUUCGACUUCAUAACUACCCUCUGGAGGUGUCGACACGAUCCCACACCGAUCGGACUUCGGGGUCGGUUACUUUCCUGUUCCACAGAUGAUUAAAUUAUUCGAAAUCGUGUCACUUCUGCAUUAGCGUCGACAAAACUACACUGCCUGGCCCUCCGUUGACGAUUUUCCCCGUGUUAGCAAGAUCACAUUCUCAAAGAUCCUGCCAUAGCGUAAUCUCAAGUGUUGUUAAUAUUGAUACCCUUUUCUUGUCACGUUUUCGAAGAGUUACUCGCUAUGAUGACCUAUUACUUAACUAGUCAAAGGUGCCACAUAUCUAUAUAUACAUACAUACAUACGUGCAUAUACACAUAGUUACAUAUAUAUAUAUAUAUAUAAUAUAUAUAUAUAUAUAUAUAUAUAUAUAUAUAUAUAAUACAUAUAUAUAAUGUAUCACGCAAAUAUUUAAAAUGAUAAGUCAGAAGGUGUGGAAGCUAUCAACACGAUGACUUAGUGCUAAUGCAUUACCUUCCCUCAUUCCCACUAACGUAAAAAAAAUAAGAUAAUGAUAAAAAAGAAAGAAAUGUCUAUGGCACAGAAGGCUAAGGCUAAUGAAUAUCUUCCGUAGAUAAACGAGCAGUCUACAUUGAGCCUUCGGUGACUAGUCAGAAACAGUGGAAGUUCGCCCGAGGAAGAACAAGAAGUACGUAUUCUUGGGUCGACUCCGGCUUUAUCGUGGAGCUGCUCGUAAACCAUUAAAACGACCCAUAAUUCCUCCCUUUUAUCCCACAAUAUCUAAUACCACACGCUCGAAUAGGUUUAACUGAACACUUAUUUUUUUCUUAUAUUAUAUUUUUUAUCCCUAGAUAUAGUUAUCCUAUUUUUCUUCAGUGUUCGGAUGCGAACGUGAAACCGUCAGGAGGCGACUGUCUCCUUCGUCAAUAAACAUGAACAUAAACAUCCGGAUGACUGUCUCUUCAUGAAACACUUCAUCGUGUUAUUCUCAACAGGUUUAUAGCUUAUUCCAUGGUCGUGCAUAUGGUGUAGGCGUGUGACCCAUCAUAUGUCCGUGCUUAGCUUCCUUUCCAUGUAUACAAGAAUGUAGGCAAGGUCUAGCCUAGAUUUUUUCUUUCUUUCUUGUACCUUCCCAUGUGUGGCUUUUGGUGAGAAAGUAGACCUUCUUAUAUAUUGACUGUGCAGUUUUAUCGUACUAUGAAACCGUCAACAUAGUUAAGACUGCCUGAUGAACUGAAUCUUAAAAAUCCUGGUAAACGUAAGACUGGUACUGUAUCAAUGAUGGUACUGUAUCAAUGAACUGAGCAUGUGGUAUUUUCUUUGACUUGGUGACCUCGAUAUUUAUAGAAUAUAUCAAUUCAGCAUAUUUUAUAUUGUCAUUACUUCUUAACCAUCCAAGCUAAGGCGCUAAGUGUCCGGGUAGCUAGUGUUAUGUCUGUGUGCAUGCACGGUAAACGGUACAAAUCUGCAGUUAUGUAGGAUGUAGUCUAUGUGUUGUUUUUAUACAAAAAGACUGGUUAUCAAAAUAUAUUUCACUUGUCUCUGUGACUUAACUGCAGGUAAGAAACCAGUGAAUUUAUGAGAUAUCCUUUUAACAAGACAGCAAGGGACCAUUUAUGCUAUAGGUUCAUCUCUCAAUUGCAAAAUACUGGGAUUAUGACAAUGAAAAAUCCUUUCUUACCUGUCUUUCCUUAGUCGAAGCACGUGACUCUUUUCCAAUACUUGAUCUAAAUCCCAAUGAACUCAUUGUCAUAACCCGCCCUGUGGAACAUCGGUUGUAGAGACCAAAAGGUAAAUACGAAGGUUAAUAGUCAUUUUAAAGAACGAAAUUGAAAGGGAUUUGCCCACUCCCUAGCUUCGCAUACUUGUCCGCUUGCGAUUAUCCUUUAGAAUUUAUUGUUAUGCGUGAGAGCGGCUGGUCGGGUGAGGGCGUCGGGGCUCCUCCGAGGGGCGCGCCGCCGCACCAGGGCGAGGCCACACGCAGCUGUUAUUUUUAUUGUAACUGAUCUAAAUAAAGAAGGAUAAACGUGUUUUCAA